UUCAGUCUGUACUUCGGGGUGAAAACCCCAUGCUGUGAAAGUUCUAUGAAGAUGCAUCCUCCAUUGCAUGGUGUAGCUUGGGUGCUCCUGCUUCUCGCCACUCAGCAAUGUGCAUACUCUAGGCAAGAUAAAUGGCACACAACUGAAAUCUCUCAGCAAGAAGAGAAAUGGCACACAGCGGAAAGCUCACGGCAAGAACAGAAAUGGCACUCUGCCUAUUGCGGCUCAUACUCAUGUAUGAAUGGAGGGAUCUGUGCAAACGACUGGCACCACUGGCAUUGGCAUAGCCAGUGGCACUGGCACGAGAACUGGCAUCAAGGCUACUAUUGCUACUGCCCACCAGGCUUGUAUGGCCCCUACUGUGAAUACUACGACGUAUGCAACUCGUUCACAUGUUCGAAUGGAGGGAUCUGUGCGAAUCACUGGCACCCGUACUGGCACUCGGGCUGGGAAUCAGGCUGGCACUCGGAUUGGCAUUGGCACUACUACCACGGCUAUUAUUGCUACUGCCCUCCCGGCUGGACUGGCCCCUACUGUGACCACUAUGAUUAUUCAACGUCGACACCAAGCACAGACGUAUGCAACUCGUUCACAUGUUCGAAUGGAGGGAUCUGUGCGAAUCACUGGCACCCGUACUGGCACUCGGGAUGGCACUCGGGCUGGGAAUCAGGCUGGCACUCGGCUUGGCAUUGGCACUACAGCAACGGCUAUUAUUGCUACUGCCCUCCCGGCUGGACUGGCCCCUACUGUGACCACUAUGAAUAUUCUUUGUCGACACCAAGCCCAGAUAAGUGUCAACCGAAUCCGUGUCUCAACGGUGGGACCUGUGUGGAUUACGGGUCUUGGCAUCCUGAAAACAUCCAUUGCUACUGCUAUGGAGGUUAUUGGGGCGACAUCUGCCAAUACUAUGAUUAUUCAUGGUCGACACCAAGCACAGACGUAUGCAACUCGUUCACAUGUUCGAAUGGAGGGAUCUGUGCGAAUCACUGGCACCCGUACUGGCACUCUGGCUGGGAAUCGGGCUGGGAAUUGGAUUGGCACUGGCAUUGGCACCCACAAUGGCAUUGGCACUACAACAACGGCUAUUAUUGCUACUGCCCUCCCGGCUGGACUGGACCCUACUGUGACCACUACGAAUAUGCAUUGUCGACACCGAGCCCAGAUCAGUGCCAACCGAACCCGUGCCUCAACGGUGGGACCUGCGUGGAUUACGAGUCUUGGCAUCCUGAAAACUUCCAUUGCUACUGCUACGCAGGUUAUUGGGGCGACAUCUGCCAAUACGAUGAUUAUUCACGGUCGACACCAAGCCCAGAUGGAGCAUCACUGCAAGUGAACUGCACUUCGGAAUACAUAGAGUUUAAGAUCCCGCAGAGUAAAGUGAACUCGCUCGGCCUCUCAAAUUACGAUGUCCACCUGGAGGACCCCUCGUGCCGGGGAUACUCCACCGGACACUACGUGGUCCUGCAAACCCACCUCCAGGCCUGUGGCACCACGAGCCAGACAAUCGGCGACACCGUUGUGUACACGAACACGGCGUACGGCUUCAUACCAGGCACGAAGUUCAAGAAGCUGCGCAUCCCCUUGCACUGCUACGUCGGCAACCAGGGAACGGUCGUGGCCAGCUUUGCUCCAAGGGUUCACGACCAGUACAGCACGGCCCAUUUUGAACUGAGUAUGAAGCUCUACACGAACUGGCAUUUUGACCAUCCCAUCUCUUCGUACCCAUUCUCCGUGGAGCUCGGAGAUACAAUCUACGUGGAGGUGCUGCUCAACUCCUACGAACAUGACCAAGAGCUGAUGCUGGUCACGUGCAAGGCCUCCCCCUACCCAGGGGCCUCGGAGAGUGACUCCUACAUCUUGCUCAGAGAAGGGUGCCCUGAGGACCAUUCUUACGACAUCUACCCGAGCAGCGAUGACACGAAGAAGCACUUCAGCUUCCAGAGCUUGGAGAUGAGCAACGGUGCACAGGUCUAUCUGGAGUGCACUGUUCACGUGUGCAAUGCCUUGGACUGGCACUCGCGCUGCCGACAAGGCUGCAUUGAGCGCGGCAACCGGACGGCACGCGACGUUGGAGAGGAGCCGCACGUGGCAGCGGAGAAACCCAUCGACCUGUCCCAGGGCCCCGUGCUCGUGCUGCGCAAACAACGGGACGCCUCUCUGGAGCAAGGCAGCUCUGGAAUGCCCGGCUGGACGGGCAUAGUGUAUGCCUUGGCUGCCACCCUGGCCAUCAGUGCCGUCUGCGUGGCCACGGUGAAAAUCUACCGGCUUCGCACCACCAGGAUUCGGUAUCUCCCACUCUCCACCGCUGAUGAAUGAAUGACUGAACAGGCCGUGCGCUCUUUUUGCUUAAAUUAUGAGCUGCACCACGUACUUUUCUAACCAUAAAUCACGUAAGUCUCACUUUAAUUUGCCAUUUAUUUUAACUUUGAUUCAAAUAGAGUAGAGCUGGUUAGUUGCAACCAUUUAUUGAGCUCGCAGUGUAUUCAGGUAUCAUUGAGAUAUAUGUUAACUGCCAGAGGUGUGAAGAUACCUAUAUUAAUUAAACAACAUUGCUUCUUAAGGCUUACAUCUAGUUGCGUGUGUAAAGAAUGGUUGAUUUUCGAUUCAUGGGAAAUAUAUCAGAGAACACUUUCCAACACGUAUAAGGAGACUUUAUGUAAAGCAUAAAAAUACAUAUUUCUAGUCAUCAAAGCUGGAAUAUUAGCCAAAUUAAUAAAAAAUGUGGCGGUUUUUAUAUGCAGUGAUUGGUGACCAGGCUGAGAUAAUAAAUUCACUUUAAUUGAGAAUUCGGCUUAAUCACAAAAGAAUUAAGUGGGGGUUUUAAGCAAGAUGUCCAGCAGUGUUGGGCGGGACUCCUGAGACAACCAGUCCCCUCUAUUUUGCAAAGAUCUUAUGUACAAAAAAUACACCUUUUGAGUGUCGUCAAGUGACUGUGAACCAGAUGUUGAACCAGGUGGAUGCAUGGAAACGGUGGCGGUAUUUGAAGGCAUCGACUGCAUUGGCCAUGAUGAUCAUUUUACAUUUCAAUAAAAGUUACUGGAUGCAACCGCUGCACUCUCUCCAGUGCCAUUUUAUCGCUACUACACUGAUCAGUAAUUACUCUUUUUAACUUAUCAGUAAUUCUGAACACUUAUGCGGAACAUGUCCUGUUGAAAUAGUUCGUUUUUAUUAUGCAGCGUGAUUUUUUUUUUGCAAGAAAAGGGAUGUCCAACAGAUUUUCGCCUGCUUCCUAUUAUCCUGCACAAAUAAACCGUUCAACAUUC